GGCCGCGUAAAGUAGCGGGAGCCCGUGAAGAGGGGCUGGGAGGCGUCCGUGUCAGAGCACAGAGCCCGACGCUUAAAGCCUCCGGCCGUUGGAGCAGCGCAACCGGACGGAUUUCCACUCGGAACGCGGUUUCCGCGAGCGCUGGUUUCCCGCCGGAGCCGGCCCGGCGGCCGCCUUCCCUCCUGCGCAGGCGCAGUGCCUCCUCAGGGCAUGGACGUGGUGGGUCUGCUGCUGUGUGUGGCGGCGGCGGUCCUGGCAUGCGGCUUCCUCUGGGUUUGGGACUCCUGGGAGCGAAUGAAGAGUCCGGAGCAGGCUGGCCUGCCGGGAGCCGGAAGCCGGACUCUGUUGGUGACCGCGCACCCCGACGAUGAAGCCAUGUUCUUUGCUCCCACCGUUCUAGGCUUGGCCCGCCUGCGGCACCAGGUGUCCCUGCUCUGCUUCUCCUCAGGAAAUUACUACAAUCAAGGGGAGAUUCGUAAGAAGGAACUUUUGCAGAGCUGUGAUGUUUUGGGGAUUCCACCCUCCAACGUAACGAUUAUUGACAACAGGGAUUUCCCAGAUGACCCCGGCGUGCGGUGGGACACUGAGCGGGUGGCCGACGUCCUCCUCCGGCACGUGGAAGCCAGCCGCAUCAACCUGGUGGUGACCUUCGACGCGGGGGGUGUGAGCGGCCACAGCAACCACGUUGCUCUGUAUGCGGCUGCCAGGACCCUGCAUGCAGAAGGGAAGUUACCUAAAGGGUGCUCGGUGCUCACGCUCCGGUCUGUGAACCUGCUGCGCAAGUACCUCUCACUGCUGGACCUGCCCUGCUCCCUGCUGCUCGCCCGCGACGCCCUCUUCGUGCUCAGCCGCCGAGAGGUGGCCCAGGCCCAGAGAGCCAUGUCCUGCCACCGCAGCCAGCUGCUCUGGUUCCGCCACCUCUAUGUGCUCUUCUCCCGCUACAUGAGAAUCAACUCCCUGCACUUCCUCUGAGCCGGGCAGGGCUCUCAGACCCAAGGAACAGAGAGAAAAACGGCCGGGAGCCCGGGGUGUGUCUGGAGCGACUCAUCUCCCGGAGCCAAGGAGAUCCCAGCAUAAGGCUGCGUCCCGGGCCCCUCUCCUCCAAGCUUCUCGGCCUCUAAGCAAAGGGAGGCCCUGCAGGCCAACGGGCUGUCCAGACUUGAGCUUCUUCCUCUGGGGAACAAAACCAGAACCACCGGAACACACACCACCCAAGGAAAAUAGCCACCCUGCUAGCUUCUCAAGCUCUUGUGCAAGACAAUUUACAUAACGGCACAACGUAUGUCAGCCCCCUAACACAGACACGCAAUUGUCGUAAAUGAACGUAAAGUGCCCUGAAAUCCCUUCUUAAAUGCACUGUAUUUUUACCUUGUUUCCAAAGCGGGCUCAUCAGACAUAAACACAUACAAAAGAAUGGCCUAUACUGAAUUAGUUCAACCAUAAUUCCUUGGAUUUAUCUUUGUGGCCUACAUAUCAGAUUUGAAUCUAGAGAAGACAUGUCCGUUUAACGGCAUACCAUCAAAUAUCUCACUAUCAGUCUUUCGGGAGAAGCAGGAAAUAGGAAGAGAGAUCUGGAGCUUAACACUCAAGAACCUAUGUCCUAAAAUGGUGCUACAAACAAAAGGGCAGCAAGGGGUCUGGCUUGGAAGCUAUUCCGAGCCAGCUGGUAGUACAGGAAGUGGCCCAAAGAGGGGAAGCUCCAAUUCAGAAAGAGAGAAGACACACGUGCCGUUACUGGGAACAGAGUGGAUAGGACAGCCCCACAAAUGGAAGAGACUGAGAAAACUAUAGGAGAUGCUAUGCACAGUCCAGGGCAACAAAACUGAAAAUCGAAAGGAAAUGGAUGGCUUCCGAGUACAUGCUGGACCACCGCCAGACCCUACCGUAAUGUCACAGAUAGGGUCCAAACACUUCAAUCCCAUAAAAUGCAGGGUUGCAUCACUGCAAGAUGAAUGACAACCAGUUUUUUUAAUUUUCCAAGGACUCGGCAUCAAGCUUGUGCACCCAAGACCUGAAGGAGGUCAGCGUUCCUGGGCAGGUGGCUGUCCUGCUUUCUUGGCCGAUUCCAGGAGUGAGGGAGGGACACCUGUGCAGCAAGAUGCUCGGGACCAAAUGCAUGGCAGCGGUGGGGAGAGGGAGAGGAGCCAGGCUCUGCGAGGGGCUGCGGCUGGCGUGGCGGCUGUCUCCGCCCACUGGAGAACUGCACACUGCUCCUUUUGUUGAGCCCUUGCAAAGUAAAAAACGCUCUCCUUAAACUGAGAGAGUCGCAUCUGGGGGUCGCCUCCAAACCCCCUUCCACGCCCACCCCCCCCAGUACAGCUUUGGCCACCCACAUUUGAGAAUAGGAACUAGGGAACAAGAACUGGAUUAUAUCCAAUGGUGGGCACCUUAUUAAUUGGACUUUACAUGACUACAAUUGACUUAAAAACUGAAAGGGAACAGACCCAAUAACCACAGAAGAAAUUAGAAAGGUAAUUAUAACAGAUUUUUUUAAGAUUCCUAGUCUAGAUGGUUUUACAGCUAUCUAAAUAUAAUUCCAAUAUUAUUUAGAGCAUAAAAUAGAAAAGUACUCCAAUUCACAGACAAGAUAACAAAACAUGAAAUAGCACCAAAAAAAACCCUGACAAUUUUAUUUGUGAAUAUAGAUGCAAAAAUGUAAAAGAAAAUAUUAGCAAACUGAAUCCAGCAGUGCAUCAAAAGAAUUACUACUCCAUGACCAAGUAGGGUAUUAUUCCAGAAUGCAAGAAUGGUUCCACUUUGGGAAAUCCAUCAACAUAAUUCAUUACAUCAACAAAUUAAGAAGAAAAACCAUAUUCUUCUAUGCAUAGGCGCCGAAAGAUAACAAAAUUCAGUCACUAUUCCUAAUAACAACUUUCAAGAAAAAUAGGAAAAAAGAAUACAAUGUAAAUAUAAUAAACACUAUUUACCGAAAUCUAGCACCUAAAACCAAGUGGACAAGGUAGAAAGGUAAGCUGCCAUCAUCAUGAUUAUCAAGGUUGUUCUGAAGGGUGAAGCUGAUGAAGUAGGACAGAACAACAAAAUAACUGAUAUAAGUAUUGGAAGAGACCGCUAUGUUUAGAAACCCAAGAGAUGUCCAUAAAAUCUACUAAAAUAAAUGAGGGAAUUUGGUAAGGCAGCUGGAUAAUAGGUAUCUUUACAAAAAUCAAUAGACUGUCUUUAAUUGGCAAUAAUGUGACAGAAAUGAAAAUGGGGGGAAAAAUCCCAUUCUCAUCAACUUCAAGAACUAUAAAAUACCUAGGAAUAAGCUCAACAUAAAAGAUAUAAGAUCUGUCUAAAUGUUAUAAUCACUAUUAAAAUUCCAGC